GGCUUCACUUCAGGACCCUCCCCCGUCAGAUGCGACUGCUCUCUUUCUCUCUCUGUUUUCUCUUCUGAAUGUUUACACCGCUGAAGAUUUUUCUAAGUGUUGACGUUUCCACAUGUCUGCAGCUGGGAUGAACCGUUAAACUAAAACACCGUUUAUUCGUCUUCGUUUGGUCUUUUUUGGAAAGUUGGCGUCUCUCUCUGCGAUAAGAGGACAGAUUCAUCCUGGAGUUCUCGGCUGGUAAGGACCAUGCCCAUUCUGCAGAGCUCCGCCCUCCUGCUGCUUUUAAGCUUCCUGAUUGGUCUGAGCUUCUCCCUCAACCCCAGAGACCCCAAUGUGUGCAGCCUGUGGGAGAGCUACACCACCUCGGUGAAAGAGUCGUACUUCCAUCCUUAUGACCAUGUGACAGAGGAGCCCUGCUCAGACCCUCGGACCUCCUACAGAUGUACACGCCACAGGAUCACCUACAAGACGGCCUACAGGCAGGCAGUGAAGACUAACUACCGCAAGAGGUACCAGUGCUGUCCUGGUUACUACGAGAGCAGAGACAAGUGUGUCCCUCGCUGCACCAAGGAGUGUGUCCACGGUCGAUGUGUCGCUCCGGACCGCUGCCAGUGCGAGGGAGGCUGGCGAGGCGACGACUGUUCCAGUGCCUGUGAUGACAAGCACUGGGGGCCAGCCUGCGGUCAGCAGUGUAAAUGUGAGAAUGGAGCGCUCUGUGAUCCUGUGAAGGGGGCAUGUCAGUGUCCUCCGGGGUUCAUAGGACGAUACUGUGAGGACGCCUGCCCAGCAGGGACCUUUGGGAAGGGCUGUCUGCAGAGGUGCAAGUGUGGAACCGGAGGAUCCUGUGACAGAGCAACAGGAGAGUGUUUGUGUCGGGAUGGAUUCACUGGGACUUUCUGUGAGAAAGCCUGUCCCAGGAGAUGUCAGGCACGCUGCCCCUGCCAGAAUGGAGGGAUCUGUAAAGGCAAAGGGAUCUGCGACUGUCCCCCUGGAUGGACGGGUGCUGUUUGUACCAAGCGCUGCCCAGAGGGAAGGUUUGGACCAAACUGUGCUGAAGAAUGCGUCUGCCACAACCGGGGCAAAUGUGACCCUGAAACUGGACAGUGUCAGUGUGCUAAAGGCUUCACUGGUAGCAGAUGUAACGAGGAGUGCGCUGCAGGCACUUACGGCCAGGACUGUAAAGGUGUGUGUGACUGUGCUAAUGGCGCCCGCUGCUACAACAUUGAUGGAGGCUGUCUGUGUGAGCCGGGGUUUCACGGGCCACACUGCAGGGACAGGAUGUGUGCGCCCGGAAAAUACGGCAUGCACUGUGAACGCUCGUGUCUCUGUCAGGAUAAACACACUCUCAGCUGCCACCCAAUGAAAGGAGAGUGUACCUGCCAGCCUGGGUGGGCAGGGCUCUUCUGUAAUGAGACCUGUGCUCACGGUUUCUACGGUCAAGGUUGCCUGGAGCCGUGUUUGUGUGUGAAUGGAGGGGUGUGUGAUAGCGCCACCGGCCAGUGCAAGUGUACACCUGGGUUUAAGGGGGUUCACUGUGAGAAUUCAUGUAAAAGUGGCACCUAUGGAAAGAACUGCUCUCUGGAGUGCUCCUGCAAAAACUUUGUUGACUGCUCUCCUGUGGAUGGGACCUGUUUCUGUAAAGAGGGCUGGCGGGGGCCGGACUGCUCCCUCCGCUGCUCUGAGGGAACCUGGGGUCCAGGAUGCAACGCCACCUGCCACUGUGCCAAUGGAGCAAAAUGUAAUCCUGCAGAUGGAUCCUGCACGUGCACAGCAGGCUGGCAGGGGGCACACUGUGAUCAACCAUGUCCGAUGGGCACGUUUGGGCCAGGCUGCCUGAAGAGGUGUGACUGUGUUCAUGCAGACGGCUGCCAAGCAACCAGCGGGGAGUGCCACUGUCUGCCAGGCUGGAUGGGCCCUCGCUGUAACCAGCCAUGUUCAGACGGUCUGUGGGGUCGUCACUGUAACCAGACCUGUUUCAAGCACUGUCCAAACAGCGACACGUGUGUCAGGGAAACAGGAGCAUGCGUGUGCCGUCCAGGUUACUGGGGAGUCACCUGUCAAAACAAAUGCCGCGCUGGUAUGUACGGAGAGCAGUGCAGCAUGUCGUGCCCAUCCUGCGGUCAGUCAUACCGCUGCCAUCAUGUGAGCGGAGAGUGUGACUGUCUGCCUGGAUACACUGGAGAUAACUGCGAUCAAGUGUGUCCAGCUGGCUACUUUGGCAAACAGUGCUCUGAGGUGUGUGUUAACUGUGCCAACAACUCCACAUGUGACCACCGGGACGGUCACUGUGAAUGUUUGCCUGGCUGGACGGCGACUGACUGUUCAAUACCAUGUAGUCCAGGACGCUUCGGCCCUUUCUGCACUCAACCCUGCUCCUGUCCUGCCAACCUCAUCUGUGACCGAUUUACUGGAGACUGUGUUUGUGAGAGCGGAGGAGACGACUGCAAAGAAGAGUCGUCCGUGCUGUCAGGGAGUGUUAUGGUUCCUCUUCCUCCUGGUGAAAGGGAGUCAUGGGGAGCCAUCGCGGGCAUCGUGGUGCUCGUCAUCCUGGUGGUGUUGCUGCUGGCUCUGCUGCUGCUCUACCGCCGCAGGCAGAAGGACAAACAGAACAACACACCGACUGUGUCCUUCUCCACCACCCGCACCGUCAACUCUGAAUACGCCGUACCAGAUGUUCCUCACAGUUACCACCACUACUACUCCAACCCCAGCUAUCACACGCUGAGCCAGAACCGCCCUCCACUGCCCCACCUGCCCAACAACCAUGACCGCACCAUCAAGAACACAAACAACCAGCUGUUCUGCAGUGUGAAAAACAUGGAGCGAGAGAGGCGGGGCUUGUUUGGGGUCGAGAGCAACGCCACUUUACCUGCAGACUGGAAACACCAUGAGCCCCGCAAAGACUCAGGAGCUUUUGGAAUCGACCGCAGCUACAGCUACAGUGCCAGCCUCGGAAAAUAUUACAACAAAGCAGAGCUGAAGGACACAGUUGCAGUAAGCAGCAGCUCUCUGAACAGUGAGAAUCCCUACGCCACCAUCAAAGACCUGCCUGGCCUGCCCUUCUGCCCCCCGGAGAGCAGCUACAUGGAGAUGAAGUCAGCUGUGCCGAGAGAGCGAGCGUACACGGAGAUCAGCCCGCCACCAUUCCACACAGCCACUUUACGCAGAGAGCGUCAGAGUUCCCUCGGUCACGCCACACAUGAGGAUCCCCAGAGCCACUACGACCUCCCAGUGAACAGUCACAUCCCAGGACACUACGACCUGCCACCACUCCGCCGACCCCCCUCUCCCUCCCUGAGGAGAAGUCCACAGUGACAGUCACAGUAGUAGAGAAACUCCUUCUCCUCCCCCUGCUCCUUUUUAUCACUUUGGAGAUGAUUUUAGGACUGCACUUGCUAAGAAAGAGCAAACUUGAUGCUCCUCUCUGACCAUCGGAUCUUUAGACGAGGCUUACUGUGGAGGUCCCCCUUUGACUCGACACUGCCCCCCUGUGGGCUGAAGUGGUACUCACUGCACCAGGACAGACGUGUCAUCCAGACAGAGGAGCCAGCAGACUGCAGGAGGAAAGCUGGACUGUGGCAAAGCCAGCAGGGCCUCAGCUCAUCAAACUCCCAUGGGACGGAUGAGCCAAAAGACUUAACGGCUGAAAGCAGCAACCAAGGAAUUCUUAAGUGUUUGAACUCAUCUAAACAGGCUCUUGAUUAAGUUUUCCACACAUUUGGCUGGCUUAGAAUUUGCGUGUCUAAUAGACCCUUUUGAAAAAUUGAAUUUUCCUCUAUUUUUAUUGUAGACAGUGUAAUUCAGACUUUGGGUUUGAAUUUUCUUCAUGGCUGAAUUAAGGCCUGUUAAGACUUUCUAUGUGCAGUUUAGGAUGAAAUCAUCACUGCUGGAUUUACAAAACCAUCUGAACCUCAAAAAGAAUAGACAUAAAGGUCAUAGGAAGUUAGAGAAGUGAACGGCAGAUAUCCUUCGCUAAUAUCUGAGUAAAAAAGAAAAUAGAAAGUUACGUUUUUUCACCUAGAGCAACAGAUGAACCAAAUAUAUACUCAAAAUAUGUUGUUUAGUUAUAUAAUGUUUACGAAGGAUUUUCCGUUGUAAAUAUAGAAAUAAAUAUAUUAUCUUUAUUGUUACAUAGAACAGCCCUAUUUUAAGAUGGUCAUAUUGUUACAGGGUUUGUGUGACCAAAGAUCAAAAACAUUUUGGUAACUAAUGGAUAAGGCUUAGGUCAUGUUUUAAAAAUGAAGUAUGAUUACUCUUGGAGAUAAACAACAUAACAUGGCAGCAGUAUGAAUGUCUACAUAGUGUCCUAGAGCUACUUUUCAGCUAUUUAAAGAGCUGGUUUACAAAACAGCAACCAUUUUACCACUAUACAGCUUUAGCCUGGAUUCUUUAAAUGCUGUCCAUCCAAAAAUCAAAACAAAAAACAUGCUUCAUGAUAAUAUACUCUAUAUGGACCAAAGUAAUCGGUCACAGUCAUGUUGGAACAGAAAAGGGCCUCUCCAAACUGUUGCCACAAAGUUGGAAGCAUAGCAUUGUCCAAAAUGUCUUGGUAUGCUGAAGCAUUGAGAUGGAGAUAAGGGACCUACCCAAAGCCUUAAAAACAGCCCCAUACCAUUAUCCCUCCUCCACCAAACCUCACUGUGGACACAAUGCAGUCAGGCAGGUAAUGCGGCAUCUGUCAAACCCAGACUCACUCAUCUGACUGCCAGAGAAGUAUGAUUCGUUACUCCACAGUACAUGUUGCCACUGCUCCACAGUCCAAUGUCACUGUGUUUUACACCGCUCCAUUUGACACUUGGCUUUGGACUUGGUGAUGCAGCUGAUCGGCCAUGGACACACAUUCCAUGAAGCUCCCACUGCACCCUUUUUUUUCAAUUACAUUAAAGGUCACAUAUUAUGCAAAACACAUUUUUUCAGGCUUUUCUAGCAAAAAUAUGUGCCCCUGGCCUGUCCACAAUCCCCCCAAGAAUCAGAAAAAUCCACUCCCUCCCCACCUCUCUUUCUCCACCUUUCAGAAAAUGUGUGCUGAAACAAGCCGUUUUCAGAUUUUCCCUCAUGAUGUCAUUUGGGGAGUAACCUCUCCAAAGGACCUCCAAGUGGGGAUAAAGCACCGCCCCCAGGUUUGGUUGGCCCUCCCCACUUGAAGGUCCUCAGCUGGCAGCUGAGAGGAGAGCCACAUCCAUUUCCUGAGAGGGGCGGGGUCAUGGGCAGAGACAGAGAGCUCAUUAUCAUUUAAGGCCACAGAAACUGCUCAUUUUGAGCAGGGCUGAAAUUGAGGUGUUUUUAGACAUGAAAAAAUCCAUUACUGGAGUGUUUUUUUCAGCAACAAACUUCACAGGCAUGUUUUGGGGACCACUGAGAAUGAUAUAGACUUGUCGUAAAAAGGUAAAAUAUGUGACCUCUUAUGCCAUUGGAAGUUGAGAACUCUUCAGCUAUGGAAUCAGCAGUGUUUACGCAAUAUGCACCUUAUUAAUAGUUGAACCAGCUUGAUUUUACAUGGUCUUCCGCUUUAUGGCUGAGUUGCUGUUGUUCCUAAAUGCUUCCACUUUCUAAUAAUAUCACUCACAGUUGACUGUAAUAUCCAACAGGGAGGAAAUUUCACAAACCAUCUUAUUACAAAGGUGGCGUCCAUCACAAACCACGCUUGAAGUGACAGAGUUCUUCUGAACACAUUUUUUGUGUCACAAAUGUUUGCAAAUGGAGACUGCAUGGCUAGGCUCUUGAUUUUAUACAAUAUACAGAAUUCAGUAAUUAACAGGUGUGGCUAAUCACUUUUGUCCAUAUUCUAUAUAUAUAUUUCUAACUCAAGCAUUCUUCUUCUUAGUCUAAACUUGGUGAAAACAUUACCCAUCAUUCAUUCUGCAUGAAGCAGUAAAUCAGUGACCAUGUGUGCCAUCAGGUCAGAUGUUGAUUGGUUUAUUUACAACCAGGACGAGGAUUCCAAUAAUCCAUACAACCACUCUCUUUUAUAUCCGACAUGUAUUAAAACGUAAACUUUAAUCAAACUCAUAAAUGUUGAUUCAGUCAGUUACUGAUUGUGUUCAUUCACAGCCUUUGGUUUUAUGCACACCAAGUCAAGGCUCUAUCUGGUUUUUAUGUUGGUAUUACAUGCAUGUAAAUCAUAACAGAGUUUAGUCAGGCAGAUAUAAAACGCAGAACAAAUAAAACCCUCGUCUUGGUUCCAACACCCACAAUGCAAGUCUGCCAAAAGUAAAGUCAGAGCUUGUUUGUGUUGUGCUAGUCGCAUAAGUAAAUCUAGAGCCACUAGAAAGAACACUUAUUUCUCUGCAGCCAUUUUGGCAGAUGCACUAAGCUCAAAACUAGAAUUUCCUGGAUUUUUCAGGGUGAAGGUAAACAGACAAAUUUUCUUUCCUGCAGCCGGACGGUAUAUUUCCACGGCAGGAAAUGUUCAUGAGAAUUCACAUCAAGAAAGUGGGUGGGAGUGACAACACUUAUUUAAUGCUACAACAACAAUGUCUUUGCACAUAAUUAACCUGCUCCAUUAUGUUUUCUCUUUGCUGUAAGCUCUCUGCUCUUCUGUAGAUAUUGUGAUUGUGUAUAACUACACUUAGCAAUGAGAUAAAGACUCAGCAUGGUUUUUUCUUUAUUACGUACAGACUGUCCCAACCUUCCCACCAGAAACAGUCUCCCACUGCGAGGUGUGAACAACCAAAAAGGAUUUCAGGGGAAGUCCUCCUGAAAUUCUCAUGUGAAAUCAGCUUUUAACUGCCCUCAUCAAGAUUGUUUUACUUUCAUUGUGACUCAAGUGACAUCACUUAAGGCACUUGAGCUUUCUGUGCCAGCCAAAGGCUUUGUCUAAGUCUUAUCGUGAACAAUUUGCUAAAGAAACGUUCUUUAAAAGCUUUUAACUGUACUGUUCAGUCAUUCAAAGUAACAGGAACGCUGUAAAACAAUGUUAAAAAAAAAGUGGUUUGAUAUUGUGACAAUUAAUUGUCUGAUUUGUCUUUCUGCCAAACAGUUUUGUUUGCCAAAACAAAAUUUUGCAACCGCAGUUUUUCAUUUUCUUCCAAACUGAAUUUCAAUCUAAACUCUUGUUCCCUGUUCUUAUUAGGAUUAUCAAAAUGUGUUUAGUUAUUAUCAGAUUCAGAUCAUAUUAAGUUCAAUAUCCUGUAAAUAGAAACCCUGUGUACCAGAAGAAUGUACAUGAUGUUAAAGUUGUGAGUUUUUGCUUUUUUCUACAUAAAGCCAUAUAUUUUUGAAUGUAAUCAUUGUAACGUGUAUAUAAUGUAAAUAAAAAUGGCUGCACUUUU